CAGAAGAAACAUCAAGCAAGCCAUCCGCACCCCUCGAGCUCCGGCGGAAGUGCUGCCCGCGCCGUCCAUGUCGACGCCGCCGCCGCUGCCUCCUAGCCUCCUCCACAUCUGCUGCCUGCACUCACUCUCCAUCGUCCUCCUCCACUUCCUCUACGUGAUCUCCUGAUCCGCCCCCCUCUCCUCAUCCAAAGUAUAGUAGUGGUAGUAGUGUGUUUCCUUUCCUUCUACGUUCUUGUUUCCGUACCUUCUUCUUCCUCCGGCUUGCAAGUAAGUGCUACGUUCUCCACCGCUCCUGGUACACUGGUACUUCUAGGAGCGGGAAUUGCGUGCUCUGGUGUGUUUCUGCGUGAUACUCUACAACAAAUGGAGAUGAUUCCGCCGGCUGCGGCGGCGGCGGCGCCACCACGCCGUGGCGGCGCGGUCACCGAGGAGGAGCGGCAGCGCAAACGGAAGACCUCCAACCGCCUCUCGGCGCAGAGAUCUCGCGUUAAGAGGCAGCAGCGCGAGGACAAUCUGGCCGCGCGCGUGGCCCAGCUCUCGAUCGACAACGAGGCCAUGCGUGUCACCACCGGCCUCGUGCAGCAGCAAUGCAGCCUGGUCGAGCAGCAGAACCGUGUGCUCUUCGCAGACGCUCGUUGCCUCUACAGCCUUCUCCAGCAGCAAAACUCCCAACUCCGCUUGCUCGGGCAGAUCACCGGCGUUCCGAUGGACGUGCAGGAAAUCCCCGUCCACCUCACACAGCUGUACGGCGGCCUGCAGACGCCACCGGCGCCGCCCCUAUCCUUCCCGCCGGAGAUUCAGAUGAUGUUCCAGCCGGAGCAGCUCGAUGAUAUCAUGGACGAUGCAGGGAGUCUCCCGUGGCUCUGACUCGGGAGCGUAUUAUCAUAUUGUGUGUGAUGCGUGUUCGUGUGGUGCUAGUAGUGUGAUGAUGUGAGCUAUGGCGUUGCUGCGACUGUUGACUUGCCCUACUUUUGUUUUGGCACUACGUGAGUUUCUUGUGAACUUGUACGUGUAGUACACAAGAGUGUGAUGUGUUGCUCUAUACUACAAUAUUUGAAUAAAUAAGUCAAGUUUGUGAA